CCCUUUUUUUGCUCUUUCUGACUUCUCUGAAUUUGCUCCAUCAUCUCCAUUUCUUCUUCUGCUUUUCCAUUAUUGUCUGCAUCUCUGUCUCCCUCUCUAUCUUGAAUCUUAAUGAGCUUUAUCUCUCCAUUUAUUCUCUUUUUAUCUAUUUUCACCCAUAGUAAGUGGUAAAAACAAGAAAACUCAAUUGCUACUCUGUCUUUUCUUUUGAUACUCUCACACUCUCUCCAAAGCAACAUGUCCUUGAAGCAUACUAGAAAAUUUCAAGAAACUACCAUCCUCUGCCCAUUUCAUUGACUCCACUAAUACACUGAUCUGUGUAACUGGGGUUAUGUAUAUCACCAUUUGUUAUCUUUAGAGUGAAAUUACCAAAGCUGAAGCAAUUGGUUAUUGAAUGGAUCUGCGAAACAUGUGCUACGAGGCCUUAAAGAUUGUGAGUGCUCUGAGCUUGAUUAGGCUACUAGAGGCUUUACUGCUAUAUGGCAGGUUAUUACAGAAAUAUCUGUAUGUUAGAAAAUCAGUUGAAUUUGUAUGAGAGACAAUACUGGGAUUAGGAUACAGAACAUAAAACAGCAAAAAUAAUCAAGGAUCAAGAAGGGAAAGAGAAGGUCAUUGAAUUCUGCAUCAGUAUCAGCAUGUUUCAUGGAUUUUACUUGAAAUGAUCUCAGGCAUUGUGCCUACGAGGAUAUAUUACACUCCCAAAUGACUUGGCAUAUAGUCACAUAUGAUCGUCGGUAGCUAAGGAAGUUCUGAAGUGAUUGUGAUACCUGAUCUCACAUUGAAAAAACAGUGGAACAUAAUGCUUGAGUGACUUCCUAGUUGUUUCUAUGAUCCUCUAUUAUUGGUAACUUAGUGAUCUUUUGAUCCUUUUUCAGUCUGCUGAUAACUUUUGCUUGUCUCUCAGCCACACAUGUAGCUGAUUAAGUUUCCUUGCCCCAAGAUUCAGUUUUCUUUAGGCUAGGACUUAAAGGAAGUCUUUGUGAAGCGUAGGCUUUCUGUUUCCCCCAAGAUCAAUAAUCAGCCAGUGUUGGUUCUUGAUUGUUCGCUCACACUCAGGUUUUGGCAAAGUAAUUAGAUUGUCAUAUGCUUCGUCGGGGCUUUAUUAUAUAGCAACGUUUUGAUUUGGAAAUCAUCUGCAUCUCCAAUGUAUUUAUGUAUUUUCCAUUGAGUUUAUCCUUGAAGACAUAGUCAACCAUGAGUAAAUCAUAUGUGUUUCCAUACCAUUAUCAAAGUUCAGAAAUUUUUAACUUUUCCUUGCAUGGCAAAGAACAGAAAAAGGUCCCUUUGCUUCAAAUUGCUAGGGGGACUGAGCCCUUAUGUAGUUUAUGCUAUUCCUGUUGCAUGAUGUACAUUUUCCUCCUCCAUCCAUGCUUCACUCCCUCUACGAGGUAAAUAAUCUCAUCCUUUGUGCUUCUGCGCAUGCAGGUGAAGCAUUAGUCAGCCAGCUUCCGCAGCUUGUUCAAGUUUUUCUGGAUUCAUAUAGAACAAAGUACUUUUUUGCUUUGCAUGGUCAUGGCAAUGCAGAACUCCAAACUGGAAUCUGAAAAUGAGUCUGAAAUCAGUAGCCAAGUAGCUUCCACUGUAUAUUUGCAAGAACAGUCAUCUGAUCCUUCUAGGGCCAGCAACAACACAUAUUCCUCUCUCGCAGACCUUGUUAAGCUUCGACUACAACAGGAUUCAAUACCCGUUUCCCUCGACCUAUCACUUACCUUUAACUCCAGUGACAUUGAGUUGAAAAGCACAGGUGAGAUUAGCAGUGAAGUAGAAGCCCCAACUCCAGCUGAAACCAUCCCAAGAGUUUUCACCUGCAACUACUGCAGACGCAAGUUCUACAGCUCACAGGCACUCGGAGGGCACCAAAAUGCACACAAGAGGGAACGAACAAUGGCGAAGCGAGCAAUGCGUUUGGGAUUAUUUUCAGAUAGGUACACUAGCUUGGCAUCUCUGCCACUUCAUGGUUCUGCAUUUAGGUCUCUUGGGGUGAAAGCUCAUUCAGCAAAUAUCAAACCAUCACAAAAGCCUUCAGACACAAGAGGUGGAGCUAGAUUUGAGCAAGGCUAUUAUGGGAUCCCAGUGUUUAUGGAAGCUGAUGAUGUUGGCUUGUAUUGGCCUGGAAGUUUUAGGCAGUUGGGUGAAUCAGUUGGUGGUAACUUUGGGUUAGAGUUGGCUCAAAAUCAAAAUAUGAAUAUUGUAGAAAUGGCACCACAGCAAAGGACUGAUUCAUCUGCACCAGAUCUUACAUUGAAGCUCUAAAAUUUUUGUAUUUUUCUUUUGAAUUUUAAGAUUUAGUCAAGCUACUCAUAAUAAUCUUUGCUUUGUACAGUGAGAUAUGAAUUGGCAACGGCUGACAAUUAGUCUUUCCACUAGAACAAUUUUGUAUUUUCUUGUUUGUACUUUGGAUUACUGUCUAAAGCUGUUCUGCAAGAGAUUGUGGAGGCUUGGUCACGUUUAGUAAGGAGUAAUGCAAAUUGUUGUCAGAAC